AUGGUGAAGUUGACUAUGAUUGCUCGUGUUACUGAUGGUCUUCCACUGGCUGAAGGACUAGAUGAUGGUCGCGAUCUUAAAGAUGGUGAAUUUUACAAACAGCAAGUCAAGGCGUUGUUUAAGAAUCUAUCAAGAGGGCAUAAUGAGGCGUCGAGGAUGUCAGUUGAAAGUGGUCCUUAUAUUUUCCAUUAUAUCAUAGAAGGACGGGUCUGUUACUUGACAAUGUGUGAUCGGGCAUACCCUAAGAAACUAGCAUUUCAAUAUCUUGAAGAGCUCAGGAAUGAGUUUGAGCGUGUUAAUGGGGCUCAAAUCGAAACUGCUGCCAGACCUUAUGCCUUCAUUAAGUUUGACACGUUUAUACAGAAGACAAAGAAACUUUACCAGGAUACCCAUACACAACGCAAUAUUGCAAAGUUGAAUGAUGAACUUUAUGAAGUCCACCAGAUUAUGACUCGAAAUGUGCAGGAAGUUCUUGGUGUUGGUGAACAGUUGGAUCAGGUCAGCCAAAUGUCCAGUCGCCUAUCGUUAGAAUCUCGCAAAUAUGCUGACAAGGCCAAAGAUUUAAAUAGACAGGCUCUGAUUCGAAAAUGGGCCCCUGUUGCUAUUGUUUUUGGAGUUGUCUUUCUGCUUUUCUGGCUCAAAAACAAAAUUUGGUGA